UAGGACUGUGUAAACUGGAAUCCGAAAUUAAAGGAGAAGAAUAUCCUGUAAUUGAAAUUUCGCUCAUUUGGUAAAAACAUUUUGCAGACUGUGUGCCACCGAACAGUGAAAAAGACAAUAGCAGAGUUUAAAAAAAAAAAAAAGCCUUAAAUCCAUUAUGGUACAUGAAACCGGAAACGCGAAAGCCAGCAACGGAAUUUGAUAGAAUAGCAGGCAAGGUGGGUAGAAGAAUGAAGGGAAAAUCGUUGCUGGAAGUUGGAGCUGAUGGUGUUGCAAUCAUCACCAUCAACAACCCACCUCUUAAUUUGCUCUCUGCUGAUGUGUUACUUAGCUUUAAGGAGAAUGUUGAGCAGGCUCUGCUAAGGGACGAUGUCAAAGCAAUAGUUAUUACCGGUUCAAAAGGGAAGUUUUCAGGAGGCUUUGAUGUCACAGCUUUUGGGAAAAAGGGUGCAUCAGAUAUUUCUUACUCUUCCUCUCUCUUUGUUUCUCACUGCCUUUGUAUGAUAGAGCAGGGCUCUGCGUGGACCCUAAUAUUAUCUACUAAUUUAAUUAUCCUCAAUUUACCUCUGCAUAUCACAGGAAAUCAUGGAAAGCUUGGCUUUUGGUCAAUUGAAUUUAUCACCGACAUUUUAGAAGCUGCCAGAAAACCCUUCGUAGCUGCUAUUGAUGGCCUUGCUUUAGGUGGGGGAUUGGAGAUUGCGCUGGCCUGUCAUGCACGCAUAUCAACAUCUUCUGCACAACUGGCCCUGCCUGAGCUUCGGUAUGGAAUUCUUCCUGGAUUUGGUGGGACACAGCGCCUGCCACGCCUUGUAGGCCUUCAUAAGGCUCUUGAAAUGAUCUUGAUGUCAAAAUUUGUGAACGGAGAUACUGCUAAGAGCUUAGGGCUUGUGGAUGCCAUUUCUUCUGCAGAUGAGUUGAUUACCACUGCUUGUCACUGGGCUAAAGACAUUUUGAAUUAUAGAAGACCAUGGGCUGCUAGUCUUUACAAAACAGACCGAUUAGAGCCCUUGGCAGAGGCCAGGAUGAUCCUUAAGCAUGCCAGAAUGGAGGCCAAAAAACAAUCUCCAAAUCUCAAACACCCACUGGUCUGCAUUGAUGUAAUUGAAGAAGGUUUAGUGCAUGGUCCUCGUGCUGCACUUUGGAAGGAGUCAGAGGCAUUAGCAGAACUUCGGCAAUCUGACACUUGCAGGAGUUUAGUCUACUUCUUCUUUGCCCAGAAUAGAACCUCGAAGAUUCCUGGUAUAACUGAUCUGGGUUUAAUCCCGAGGAAAGUGAAGACGGUUGCUGUUGUUGGUGGAGGAAUAAUGGGUUCUUCAAUAGUAACAGCAUUCAUUCUUAGUAAUUACUCCGUCAUUUUGAAAGAAGUGAAUGAAAAGGCCCUGCUGGCUGGAAUUGAAAGAGUUAAAGUAAAUUUGCAAGACCAUGUCAAUAAAGGAAAAUUGGCAAAAGCGAAGCUUGACAAAAUCCUCUGUCUCUUUAAAGGUGUUCUCCACUAUGAAGGUUUUAGAGAAGUGGAUAUGGUUAUCGAGGCUGUGAGUGAAAAUACUUAUUUAAAGCAGAAAAUUUUUGCCGAGCUUGAAAGAUAUUGCCCACCACAUUGCAUACUUGCUAGCAGUUCUUCCAUGAUAAACUUGAAUUUAAUCGGUGAACGGACAAAAUCGCAAAAUCGUAUUGUUGGGACUCAUUUUUUCAGUCAAGCUCAUCUCAUGCCACUCCUGGAGAUAGUUCGAACAGAAAAAACAUCUCCUCAGGUCAUUGUUGACUUACUAGCUAUUGGAAAGAAGAUGAGGAAAAUUCCAUUAGUCGUCCGCAAUUACACUGGAUUUGCAAUUAACAGGAUGUUCUUUCCUUAUUCACAAGCAGCUAUGAGGCUUGUUGAACAUGGUGUUGAUCUCUAUCAGAUUGACCAGGCAGUUACUGGGUUUGGAAUGACAAUGGGGCCAUUUAGAAUGAUUGAUUUUGUUGGUUUUGGGGUUGUAACUGCAAUGAAGGCCCAAUUCAGCAAGAAUUCAGGAGAAACAUACUAUGAAUCAAAGCUGAUUUCAGUCAUGCAAGAGGACAACCGAACUGGUGGAACUACACAAAAAGGUUUCUACAUGUAUGACAGCGAGUCCAAGGUUACCCCUAAUCCUGAUAUUAAGAAGUAUGUCAACAAGGCCAGGAGCAUCUCCGGUAUUAGUGUUGAUUAUGAGUUGAUGAAGUUGUCUGAUGAAGAGAUAGUUGAAAUGAUCCUUUUCCCUGUUGUCAAUGAGGCAUGCUGCCUUCUUGAGGACAGAAUUGUUGUCAAGGCAUCGGAUCUUGAUAUUGCUUCUGUUAAGGGCAUGGGGUUCCCAGAAUAUAGGGGAGGAAUCAUUUUUUGGGCCGAUACGCUUGGAUCAACGUAUAUAUGUUCAAAAUUGGAGAAAUGGUCAAAGACUUAUGGAGCAUUCUUCAAUCCCUGUCGCUACUUAGUAGAAAGAGCUUCCAAGAGAAUGUCUCUGGGGGGCGUGGGGCAAGCGAGGUCUCAACUAUAAGACCAAUGUGGUCGUCAACAACAUGCAGCUUGAUUAUCAGUCUUUUCGUUGCAUGCAAAUAAUCACCCCUUUCAUCUGUGUUACAUACUGAAAAGCACUAGUUCAAGGGAAGAAGUUGAUCUUAUGAUUUACUAAUCUUGCAAAUGGAGUCACUAUCAUCGAACUAGCAUAAACCGUGCACCAGAUUGAACCUGAUCUGUACAGCUUGCUACCUCGGUGACUCGACUGCCAUGCCACAAGACAGUCAGAGCUUAAGAGCCUGCUAUUAUUAUACAGUUGAUGGAUGGCCAUCCUUUGUCAACUUUGAUAAUUAUUUAUGUUUCCAUUAAUAUACAUAUAUUCUAUGUUAUGUAGCUUAAAGAUAACUGUUGAUUUUUCUUUAGGUGAAACCGGCUUGAAAGAAAUGGUUCGUUUUAUCAACCAUCAACGCCUCUGUGGGCCAUGAUUCUGCUCCUUUUGGUUGGCAUAUAUAAAUGCAGAACUAGCUGGAGAACUACAUGUCUAGUAACUAAUCACGGCCAUAAUUGCAAUUCUUAAGUCAUUACAGGCUAUCUCGGGAUUCUUUUAUUUGGUUUUCUGUUUCCUUUAAGCGAUAUUGAGAGGUAAAAAACCCAUUUGUAUUCUUGCCUUUUCGUGAACCUUUACUAGCUUUCCCGGUAGUGACAAGAAGACAAGAACAGAACUCGAAAUUAUACAUCUUCUGCCAUGUAAAUUUCAAGCGAUUACGUUCGUUGGUAAUCAUUUAUUGAUUGUUAGUUGUAUGAAAUCAUGAAGUCCAGCUGA